AUGGAUUCUGACUCAAAUUCGGAGAUGUCCGAGGGAUCGGUUGGAGAGCAUCUUGAAGACGCCAACCGACGCGGACGCGAACCUUGCGCAAAGCUCAUCGCUUCGUCUUGGGUGAUUCGAAUGGCUUUGUCGCGCAUUGAAAGUGAAGACCUCGAACCCUGGGAGGUCCUUCUGCCUGCCGAGGAGCGCCUGCUGUUGCAGUGGACAUCAUCGGUCACUUUCAUGAAGAUGGAUGGUAUCUUGGAGGCGUACUUGGAGACCGACAUGAUGCCCCUGAAGACCUACCGCAGGGGAGGGCUUCGAGCACCGAUCAAUCAUUUCCGUUCAGCCAACAUCCGGGAAAUCGAGGAAGCACCCGAAGGCUGCCGCGAGGCUGACGUUGCAUUCUUCAAUGACCACUUCUUCCGCAACUACCUGCCCAGCUUCAUCAGCAACGGCCGUGCCAUGCACCAGUGGCUUGCGUAUGUGAUGCAGCCAAAAGUGGGAGUGCGAGCGACGCACGCAGUUGCACGCAAGAUUUCCUGCCCCGUGAAGGAUGGCCCAGAGCUCUACGAGUGGCUUCACGACGUCUUCACGGCCCUGCAGGCACCACGUUACUCCCCAAAUGGAGAAGCCGCAGACAUGCUGGAUGCAGGCAUCGAUCACGCGUCGAUGACCAUUGGCGACUUCGUGAGAAUCGGCGAGACUCUGUACAUGGUCGGCCUGGAUGGGUUCUUCGUUCUCAGCUUGAAGGAAUCUGACCAGCGAGUGGUCCGCCUCGAGGACCACUUCGUCCGCUAUCCAGAGCUGGAGCAGCAGAAAGGCCCUGAGGAGGAGGCGAGCCACCCCAGUGCUUCGUCCAGCUCCAUGCCAAUCGAAAUUGAUGCACCUCCGACCUUGUUCACGCGAGAGGAACUGGAGGAGGUCGUAGACCCCGUCUACGAGGCAUACCAUUGGCAGCUGUACACCGCUGCCGACUCCCCAACAUGGGUCAGGCCCAAGGACAAGCGAGGACUUCGAAAGCAGUUGGCAGAGCAGAGACUUGCUUUCAAGGAGCACCGAAAGUGA